AUGCAGCUGCUCACCUUCACCACCGUCUUGCUCAUCACACUCUCUUCCCUGCUUGUCGCCGCAACACCGAUUCCAGUGCCCGACUCUACAGAGUCUCGGCUCGCCCUUCGAGAAGCAGAUGACCCUUGGUCUAUUGAUGACCUUUACUCUCGUACCAUCGACAGUGAUGCCGAAUACGUCGAUUAUGGCCUCACACUGAGAGAUAAUGUCGAUGACAACGGUGUCUUCGACGUUCGCGAUCUCUUGGACGACGUCAAUGAACUCGAGGAGCGUCAGGGAUCUCAGGCUGUACAUACCAACAUCAAGCACGGUAUGCAGAAAGUGGGAAAGACCGUCAAAAAGGCAAUUAUCGGAGCAUACCUCGUGGCUACUAAGCCUAGUACAGACCUGUAUUUUGAGCCAGGCACUACCGCCGUCGCUGCAGAGCAACCACUGAUAGUUAACAGCGAGCCAGAAAGCAAAGAGCCGUCAGCUGCCUUCACGAAUGAAGUCGAACAGAUGAUCCGCCCGCUCAGUGCAUGUGCCUACCCGUGGAGGGCAUGCACGAUGUCCAUACCGGGGCCGAGGACAACAAACCGGGGGCUGUGGCAUCACUCCCUUUCCCAGAGGCAUGACAGCCCUUCGAGCAGAAUGCUAGUGAUUGUGAUCGAGUCUGGUAUCGCCCUAUGGACAGGAUACGUCAUCGCCUUGUUGCCCCCUGUUGGGGAGACCGAGCUCCCUCUUUCUUGGCAUGGAUGUUCCCAUGGUCAACGUGAAACGUUUUCAGGCUGA